GCUCUUUUUUUUCCUUCCCCAAUAGCUUCUUCAUUUCUUACGUUUGAGAGCCGCAUAAUAGACAAAUUCAUAAGUUGGACCACUCUCUUAGGGUCUCUCUCCUAAAUACUGUUCCACUGUCGCCGUCCGAUCUACUUUCUCUCUCUACAUCUCACCGUUAAAAUCCCCUCCUUCUUCUUCUUCUUCUUCUUCUUCUUCUUAUCUCAAUGACAUAUCGUUAGCCGUUUCCAGUUUCGCGAUGGCGGAGCGUAACUCCACGCGCUCGACGGUUCACUGCGCAAACGACACGGUAUGGGAGUGCGUGAUACCGUACAUAACAGAAUCGCGUGAGAGAGACGCGGUAUCGUUAGUGUGUAAGAGAUGGUAUCAGAUCGAUUCAAUAACUCGCAAGCAUAUAACUAUGGCUUUAUGUUACACAGCUAAACCAGAACAACUUUCUAGAAGGUUCCCACAUCUUGAAUCCCUUAAAUUAAAAGGGAAACCACGUGCUGCUAUGUUUAAUUUAAUACCUGAAGAUUGGGGUGGUUAUGUUACACCAUGGGUUGUGGAAAUUGCUAACUCGUUUAGUAAAUUGAAAGCACUUCAUUUUAGGAGAAUGAUUGUUAGAGAUAUGGAUCUUGAAUUGCUUGCCAAGUAUCGGGGUAAAGUUCUUCAGGUUUUGAAGUUGGAUAAGUGUUCUGGAUUUUCUACUGAUGGUUUACUCCAUAUUUGUCGUUCCUGCAGGAACUUAAGAACUUUGAUUAUGGAAGAGAGUUCUAUAAUCGAGAAAGAUGGAGAAUGGGUGCAUGAACUAGCAGAGAACAACACAGUUCUUGAGAAUUUGAACUUUUACAUGACGGAUCUUCUGCAAGUUAGAGCCGAAGAUCUUGAAUUGAUAGCAAGAAAUUGUAAAUCUCUUGCCUCAAUGAAAAUUAGCGAGUGCGAAAUUACGAAUCUUCUUGGUUUCUUUAAAGCUGCAGCUGCAUUGGAGGAGUUUGGUGGUGGCACAUUUAAUGACCAACCAGAACCUGUUGCUGAAAAUGGCGGCUAUAAUGAGCAAUUGGGAAAAUAUGUCGGAGUAGUUUUCCCUCCAAGAUUGUCCCAAUUGGGCUUGACAUACUUAGGGAAACAUGAGAUGCCCAUCCUCUUUCCUAUCACGGCUCGUCUGAGGAAAUUGGAUCUUCUUUAUGCACUUCUUGACACAGCAGCCCACUGUUUGUUACUGCAAAGGUGUCCCAACUUGGAAAUUCUUGAGACGAGGAAUGUUGUUGGGGAUAGCGGGUUGGAAGUGCUUGGCCAGUACUGUAAGAGGUUAAAGCGGCUCAGGAUUGAGCGAGGAGCUGAUGAUCCGGGGAUGGAGGACGAAGAAGGUGCAGUUACACACAGAGGAUUGAUUGAUUUGGCGAAGGGAUGCAUUGAACUAGAAUACAUGGCUGUUUAUGUGUCAGAUAUUACUAAUGAAGCUUUGGAAAAUAUUGGCACAUAUCUGAAAAAUCUGUGUGAUUUUCGGCUGGUUUUGCUCGACAAAGAAGAAAGAAUAACAGAUCUGCCACUUGAUAAUGGUGUCCGUGCUUUACUAAGAGGUUGCCAUAAUCUUAGAAGGUUUGCCCUCUAUGUCCGAGCUGGGGGCCUUACUGAUGUAGGUCUCAGUUAUAUCGGGCAAUACAGCCCAAACGUGAGAUGGAUGCUUCUGGGAUAUGUUGGGGAAUCCGAUCGCGGCCUUCUGGAGUUCUCUAAAGGAUGUCCAAGCCUGCAAAAGCUAGAAGUGAGAGGCUGCUUUUUUAGUGAACGUGCAUUAGCUUUGGCUGCCUUGCAGCUAAAAUCAUUAAGGUACCUGUGGGUACAAGGAUACAGGGCAUCUGCAACUGGUCGUGAUCUCUUGGCGAUGGCUCGCCCAUUCUGGAAUAUUGAGUUGAUUCCUUCAAGACUAGUUGAUGGCGAAGAUCAUCCGCAUCCAGCCCAUAUACUUGCCUACUAUUCUCUUGCAGGGCAAAGAACUGAUUUUCCAAACACUGUCAGACCUUUGGAGCCAACUUACCUUCUCGCUGAAUAGGUUUGUAAAUAUAACUUUUCCUUGAGUGGAGUUGUUGGUGCUUCCCUUUUAGGUGUCUUGUCCAUAUGUAUGCCUAUUUUCAUUUUCUUUUUCUCCCCCUUUUUUCCUUGAUGAGAGUUUUUCCACGUUGAUUUUUGAUCUUUUCUUGUAGACAUGCAUCCUGUAAUAAGUUUGCCUUCUUUGGGUUAUCUGUAAUCUAACACUUGGUGAUCUUCCUUCCUAAUACCCCUUGAUCUCA